AUCUGAUCUCCUAUUACCUCAGUUUUGGAAACUGCCCGCCACCGACCCUCCGGGACCACACAGACAGGCUGAGGACAACUUUAUGACCAAGAGCUGAACAAGAUGCAUUGUGAGAGGUUUCUAUGUAUCCUGAGAAUAAUUGGAACCACACUUUUUGGAGUUUCUCUACUCCUUGGAAUCACAGCUGCUUAUAUUGUUGGCUACCAAUUUAUCCAAACAGAUAAUUACUAUUUCUCUUUUGGACUAUAUGGUGCCUUUUUAGCAUCACACCUCAUCAUCCAAAGCCUGUUUGCCUUUUUGGAGCACCGAAAAAUGAAAAAAUCUCUAGAAACCCCCAUUAAGUUGAACAAAACUGUUGCUCUUUGCAUUGCUGCGUAUCAAGAAGAUCCAGACUACUUACGGAAAUGUUUGCAAUCUGUGAAAAGGCUAACCUACCCUGGAAUUAAAGUUGUCAUGGUCAUAGAUGGAAAUUCGGAAGAUGACCUUUACAUGAUGGACAUCUUCAGCGAAGUCAUGGGCAGGGAUAAAUCAGCCACUUAUAUCUGGAAAAACAACUUUCACGUGAAAGGUCCUGGUGAGACGGAUGAGUCACAUAAAGAAAGCUCACAACAUGUCACCCAGUUGGUCUUGUCCAACAAGAGUAUUUGCAUCAUGCAAAAAUGGGGUGGAAAAAGAGAAGUCAUGUACACGGCUUUCAGAGCACUGGGACGAAGUGUGGAUUAUGUUCAGGUUUGUGAUUCAGACACCAUGCUUGACCCUGCCUCAUCUGUGGAGAUGGUAAAAGUUUUAGAAGAAGAUCCCAUGGUUGGAGGUGUCGGGGGAGAUGUCCAGAUUUUAAACAAGUAUGAUUCCUGGAUAUCUUUCCUAAGCAGUGUGAGAUACUGGAUGGCUUUUAACAUAGAAAGGGCCUGUCAGUCUUAUUUUGGAUGUGUCCAGUGCAUUAGUGGACCUCUGGGAAUGUACAGAAACUCCUUAUUGCAUGAAUUUGUGGAAGACUGGUACAAUCAAGAAUUUAUGGGCAGCCAAUGUAGUUUUGGAGAUGACAGGCAUCUAACGAACCGAGUGCUGAGUCUGGGCUAUGCAACAAAAUACACAGCUCGAUCCAAGUGCCUUACUGAAACACCUAUAGAAUAUCUCAGAUGGUUAAACCAGCAGACCCGUUGGAGCAAGUCCUACUUCCGAGAGUGGCUGUACAAUGCCAUGUGGUUUCAUAAACAUCACUUGUGGAUGACCUAUGAAGCAGUCAUCACUGGGUUCUUCCCUUUCUUUCUCAUUGCCACAGUAAUCCAGCUUUUCUACAGGGGUAAAAUUUGGAACAUCCUCCUCUUCUUGUUAACUGUCCAGUUAGUGGGUCUCAUAAAAUCAUCUUUUGCCAGCUGCCUUAGAGGAAAUAUCGUCAUGGUCUUCAUGUCCCUCUACUCAGUGUUAUACAUGUCAAGUUUACUUCCCGCCAAGAUGUUUGCAAUUGCAACGAUAAACAAAGCUGGGUGGGGCACAUCUGGAAGGAAAACCAUUGUUGUUAAUUUCAUAGGACUCAUUCCAGUAUCAGUUUGGUUUACAAUCCUCCUGGGUGGUGUGAUUUUCACCAUUUAUAAGGAAUCUAAAAAGCCAUUCUCAGAAUCCAAACAGACAGUUUUAAUUGUUGGAACGUUGCUGUAUGCAUGCUAUUGGGUCAUGCUUUUGACACUGUAUGUGGUUCUCAUCAAUAAAUGUGGCAGGCGGAAGAAGGGACAACAGUAUGACAUGGUGCUUGACGUAUGAUCUUACGUUUGAUGUUUGCAGUUACAGAUGCAGACACACACAAAACCUUAGUUCCUUUAGAGACUGUGCGGUAUUGUGGCAUCAGAUAAUGCCACCAAAGGAGACAUAUCACUGCUGCUGGGACUUGAACAAAGACAUUUGUAUGGGUUUAUUUUAAUUCUGCCAAAGUAAAAUGAUACAUCAAGAAGAACUCAGAUUUAACCUGAUAUUUCUAUGAAAAUGGGAAGAAUUCUUUGAUUAUGCACUUUUUCCUUAUUGUACAUCUGCCUAAGUGUUUUGCCCUAUAUACCUCACUAGUCAUGCUUUAUGUGGGUUAUCAUGUAAGAAAAGGAUUUUGGAAACUCAAGGAAAAGUUCUUUCAACAUAUACAACCUAACUUAUGUACUGUGUUGAUAGCUAAUUUUUUUUUAGAAAGGUUUUUCUGUUUAACUCUACCAAAUGA